CACAAAAACUAAACAUUUGUAUUAUCCCCUUCUCUCUAUCUAAUCUAUUUCCUUGGUCAACAAGCUUCAAACACAACACAGAUUGCAAAUUAAUAUCCCUUCGCAGUUUGUCUCUUUUCUCUCAAUCUACUCAAAAAUAAUGUCACCUCCAUCUAUCAUUCUCCUUCUGUUGUUGAUCUUCCCAACUAUCUCUCGUACACACUCCAAAGAAGCUGAACUUAGUAUUUUUCCAAAAACACUAAGGUACACAUUUGAUCGGGAUAAAUUGCACGACAAAUUUGCGGACUUGGGUAUCGAAAUUUUAUUCUUUGAACAAACCCUUGACCACUUCACCUACACUCCGGGAAGUUACAAGAAGUUCCGACAAAGAUAUGCCGUCAAUUCCAAGUAUUGGGAAGGUGGAAAAUCCAAUGCACCUAUCCUAGCUUAUCUUGGAGCAGAAUCUUCAUUGGACUCUGAUUUGAGCGUUCUUGGCUUCCUCAAAGAUAACGCUCCUCAUUUCAAAGCCCUCAUGGUCUACAUAGAGCAUAGGUUUUACGGAGAAACUAUGCCAUUUGGGUCGGCGGAGGAAACGUUGAAGAACGCCAAAACCUUGGGAUAUUUAAACGCUGCUCAAGCCCUUGCGGAUUAUGCUGCAAUUCUUCUGCACAUUAAGGAGACAUACUCAGCUAAUCACAGUCCGGAAACGAGCCAGAAAUGUCAUAACAAGAUACGUAAAUCUUGGGAUGAAAUAGAUAGAAUUGCUGCCAAACCCAACGGUCUAUCAAUCCUCAGCAAAUACUUCAAGCUGUGCAAUCCUUUGAACAACACCUUUGAACUCAAAAGCUAUCUGAGUUACAUAUACGCCGGGACAGCUCAAUACAACAACCGCAAUCAGUUUUCGGUUGCCAGCGUGUGCGAGGCUAUUAACACCAGCCCACCAAACACUAAGAGUGAUCUACUAGACCAGAUCUUCGCAGGUGUGGUUGCUUCUAGGGGCAAUAUUUCUUGUUAUGGUAUGUCGUCGGAUCAGAUCACAAAUGACGUCAGGGCAUGGAGAUGGCAGAGUUGCAGCGAAAUAGUUAUGCCCAUAGGAUAUGAGAAAGAAGAUACUAUGUUCCAACCGAAACCUUUCAAUAUGAGCAGUGUUACUAAAAACUGUGAAUCAUAUUACGGUGUCUCGCCUCGUCCGCAUUGGGUCACCGCAUACUUCGGUUCUCAGCGUAUUGGAGGAUAUAUCCGACACUGUAGUUGCCAUCACGACAAGAGACGGCUCUCAUUGUCGGGACAUUGUCUUGAAGAGCAAGGAGGACCCGGAGUGGCUGGUGGAGCAAAGAGAGAAAGAAGUUAAAAUAAUUGAUUCCUGGAUUU